AUGAUUUACUUGAGGUUGGCAGCAUUCACUGCUCUGGCUGGGCUUCAACUGACCAGAGCCCAAGACCUCUCAGACUCAGGCCGAUCCGGCCCGGAACUGGAGCUGGUGCAUCAAUACAAUGACCAAUGGCCAACCGGCAUAGCAGUCUCAUCUACGGGCCGCAAGUUCUCCAACUACCCAGGGGGCCUUGACCCAAACAACACCAACGACGGCAGCAAUGGGAAAUACACAGUAGCCGAGCUGUUCGACGACAGCACCGAGAAGCCCUACCCGAGCGCAGAGAUAAACAACCCUCCUGGCGGAGCCAUCAAUUCCUCUACCACUCCUCCGUCCGGCGCCAACUACCAGGACUACCUGAUCGGCGUCCAGAGCGUGGUCAUCGACAGCGCAGACCGUCUAUGGAUCCUCGACACGGGAAGGGUCUUCACACCAGAGGGCGUGCUCGUCACGGCCAGCGUCGGCGGCGCCAAGCUGAUCGGCGUCGACCUCGAGACAGACUCCAUAAUCAAGACCAUCACCUUCCCCAACACGGUCGCCUACCCGGACACGUACCUCAACGACGUGCGCUUCGACCUCGACCCGGGCCUGACGGACAGCGGCGAGGGCGUCGCCUACAUCACCGACUCGUCCAGCGAGGGCCGCACGGGUCUCAUCGUCGUCGACCUCGGCUCGGGCGAGUCGUGGCGGCACCUGGAUGGCAGCCCGUACGUCCAGGGGGACCGGCAGUUCCUCGCCUUCGUGUGGGGCCGCGAGCUGUAUGCCGCCCAGACGGGAAAGCCCGGCUCGUUCCUGACCUUUGGCGCCGACGGGAUCGCGUUGGGCGCCGACGGCAAGGACCUGUACUUUGGCGGUGUUGGCAACCGGUAUCUGUAUAGCAUCCCCACGGAGCGCCUGCGGGACAAUGGGCCCACGUCCGAGAUCAAGGCGCAGGCGGCUGUGGUCAGCCGGAGCCAGAAGGGGCUUGCGGAUGGAUUCGAGACGGACAGCAAUGGAUUGAUUUACCAUGGCAACAUGGAGGUCAACGCAGUCAACUUCUUCAGUCCCGAGAACGGGACGGAUCAGAUCUUCCUCCGGGAUCCGAGGAUCAAUUGGGCUGACACUUUCUCGGUGGCCACAGAUGGUUACCUGUAUUUCACUAAUAACCAGCUUGCCUUUGGCCCUGCUGUUUAUCCUGGGACAGACCUGCGGCAGAGACCGUUUAGCCUUUUCAGGGCCAAGCUCCCGAAUGGCGGUACCAAGGAUGCGGAAAGCUUCUAUGCCGGCCUGGCCGAGCGGGAGCUGUCCGUCACGGGGCGGAUGAACAUGUCGUUUCCCCUGUUCCGGGGCGCUUCAUUCCAUCUCAAAGACGUGCCCGAUGACCUGGCACACGGCCGCAUCAUGGACGUACCAGGGGUUAAAAACCUGUGGCCAAUCCGGUCGAUACCACCGCCCGACGACGAGGUGCUGUGGACUGGCAACAACCGCAGUGCCGUGCCGCCCGUUUUGAAGCGACGUCAGUCGUCACCUGCGGCCGACAAGUACAUCCCUCAUGUCAUGACCGAGGUAGACCAGCUGCGUGCCGAGGGUUACACCGGCAAGGGCAUCCGGAUCGGCGUCAUUGAUGUCGGCGUCGAUUACACCCACCCGGCGCUCGGCGGCUGCUUUGGCGAAGGGUGUCUGAUCUCGUAUGGCUACGACUUUGUUGGCAAUAAUUAUACGGGUGCUGCCGAUACGCCUCAACCGGAUGCGGAUCCCAUGGAUUCUUGUAGCGGACAUGGCACGCACGUCUCAGGCAUUAUCGCGGCGCAGGUCAACGACAUGGGGUUCACGGGCGCAGCGCCGGACGUGACGCUGGGCAUGUACAAGGUGUUUGGCUGCACGGGCAGCAGCGACACAGACAUCGCGGUGGCCGCGCUGAACCGGGCGUUCGAAGACGGUAGCGACGUCAUCUCGAUGAGCAUCAGCCGCACGUCCGGCUGGAGCGAGGAUCCCGUUGCCGUGGCCGCCCAGAGAAUUGUUGAGGCCGGCGUGCCUUGUGUCCUGGCGGCCGGGAACAGUGGCUCGGGCGGCCUCUUCCUGGCCGGCGCCGGGGCGACCGGAAAAGGCGUCACAUCGGUAGGGUCGGUCGACUCGACUGAGCUUGGUCUCGUCUUGGUGCGCGGGUCGUUUGCCACUCAGGGCUCCAGCAACGCAUCCAGGCCUACUGAGCCAUUUGGAUGGGAGCCCGGUACGCCAGCCUUUGGAAAUGUGUCGUUGCCAUUGUACGCCAUGAGCAACAACACGAGUGUUGAGGAUGACGCUUGCAACCCGCUUCCCGACAGUACUCCCGACCUUUCUGGAUAUGUCACGCUCGUCCGCCAGGGAUUUUGCAGCGACUCCAUCAAGGCACAAAACAUUGCUGCCAAGGGAGCACGGUACAUGAUGGCGUAUUCGUACUUUGAGGACCCGACCUCUCUUAGCGGACCAUUGGUAGGAGAAGAGGAGCCUAGGAUCGUUGGAACCGGAGCCGUUACCGCAGCACAAGCAGCAGAGUGGGUUGACUCUCUCAACGAGGGUAACGUCGUGACUAUCGAUAUCGUAGCCCCAGCGCAAGCGGGCAACGUCGUCGAAUCGACUCCGAACAACAACAGCGGGGGAGCCAUGAGCCUGUUCUCAUCGUGGGGUCCGACGUGGGAGAUGGACCUGAAGCCGACCUUUUCCGCGCCCGGAGGAUAUAUCCUGUCCACUUGGCCGCUUGCCCUCGGCGGCUAUGCGAUCCAGUCCGGCACGUCCAUGUCCACGCCCUUGGUCGCUGCUAUCUUUGCGCUCAUCGGACAGGCCCGACAAGACUUUGACCCCCAGACCCUGAACAACCUGGUCACGACAACAGCUGCGCCGGUUGACUGGUAUGAUGGGAAUGUGAUACACAGUGAUGUACUCGCUCCGCCGACGCAACAGGGAGGUGGUUUGGCACGGGCACAUCGGGCCGCGCACGCGACGACGUUGGUCAGCGUCUCGAGCAUCUCUUUCAACGACACUGCCAACUUUAUUCCCAGUGGGAACUUCACUAUCAACAACCAAGGCGCUGAACCAGUGACGUACAGUCUCAGGACGGUCGAGGCGGAAACAAUGUUCACAUUCAACCCAGGGAACGACUACCCGGCCUAUUUCCCAAACCCCACAGCAAACAGCACCGCCAAAUUAAGCUUUUCAGCGUCCGAAGUUACCGUCCCUGCUGGUGGCUCGGUCGAGAUCACCGUAUCGUGCGAGCCUCCCGCGGUGGACGGGGCCCGCCUAGCCGUGUACAGCGGCUACGUCACGCUCAAUGGCGCGAACGAGACAUUGUCGAUCCCCUACAUUGGUGCCGUUGGCAGCCUGCAUGCAGCCAAGGUGCUUGACGACGACUACGUCUACCUCUCACACUGGAACGACGGCAGCCUGGCACCCUCUGCGGGCAACGAGACAUUCGUGUUGCCCAGGCCUACAGCCACAACACCCGUGGCCAACUCCGGCUCCGCGAUCGGCUACCCGGCCACCGUCAUCCAGCUCAAUGUCGGCACGGCCCUGCUGCGGUGUGACCUUGUGCCUGCCACUUCUGGCGGCAACACGACGGCGGAAAUAGACGAGGCACAGGCCCUGGGCACGUUUGGUAUCUUCCCUAUGGAAUAUGUGCCGCGGGCGUACUUCAUCAAUGCAUUCACUGGCAUGCUGACGGACGGAACAAUAGUCCCGGAGGGUACAUACUCGUUUGUAGUCCGGGCGCUCAAGAUAUUUGGGGAUCUUGAAGCACGCGAUGACUACGAAGUGCUUAGGACGGUGUCGUUCACUCUCAAGUACCAAGCUUAA